AUGGAAAUGGAGAGACGAAUUCAAAAGGAGAUACAGAUUUCGUUAGUUUUAAUUGUUUCCAUGUUUUUUUUUCGAGAAAUUUCUUGAAAUUUAAAGGAUGCCACCACCUACAAUGCACUCAAAACAAUUGAAUAUGCCUGUAUGCAAAUAUGAAGUUUUAGACGGUUCUCCGACUGGACCUCCUGUUUAUUUUGCCACCGUUGGUCAGAUGGUUAGUUUUUCUUUAUUUGCUUAUCAAUUUCAUUCUGAUCUUUCUUCAAAAGAAAUUUCUAAUGAUUUUUGAUCAAACAAGACUCAUUUUUUUUCAAAAAAAAAUUCAGGUAUAUCACAAAUGGACAUGUGACACUGAACAUGAGAAUACUUUUUGUAUGCUGGUACAUUCUUGCUUUGUUGAUGAUGGAAAUGGGCAAAGAGUUCAACUAUUGAAUGAGAAAGGGUAACGAUAGAAAAAUUAAGAAAUAAAUAAAAGUAGGAGCUGAAAAUGAGAGCUGGAAAUGAAAAUGAAAACGAAUACUGACUGACUAAAAUCGUAUAGUAGUAGUUUGUACUUGGCUUAACUUUUUUUCGAUGAAAAAAAUGUAGGAAAAUUGGUAUACGGUAGUUGUUUGUUAGAAAACUAUACGAAAAUGACGAGGUUUUCCGAGAAAUGCUGAAUGAACUUUUGGAUAUUAGUUUUGAGAAUAAUGAUAUCACAGAGAUUUUUGAAGAUAUCAUUGGAAAAAAAUAGCUGAAUUAUCAGAUCAAUGAUUAUGAGUUUUGAUUGCUGGAGAGUUUUAAAAAUAAAUAAUUUUUUUCAAUAUUUUUCUUGAAAACUUCAAAAAUCAGAAAAUAUUGCUUUUAAAAUCACCCUGCCUUAGAAAUUUCCCAAAUCCCAUUUUUCCAGCUGCGCCUUGGAUAAAUACCUCCUAACAAAUCUCGAAUAUCCAACAGAUCUAAUGGCUGGUCGAGAAGCUCAUGUUUACAAAUAUGCAGAUCGUGAUAACAUGUAUUUCGAUUGUCAAAUUUCCAUAACCGUUAAAGAACCUGGAUUAGAUUAUUGUGAUGUAAGAUUUUUUUUCGAACUUUGUAUCGAAUAAAAAAUAUUUUGCAGGUUCCAUCUUGCCCUGACCCUCCAAGAAGACGAAGAUCAUUUGAUAACACCACCUCUGCAGCAUCUUUUGAUUAUCAGCAAAGUGGUAUGUUUUUUUCUCCGAACUUUACAUUUUUCUCGGGGUGAAAUGUCAUGUGAAUAGCACGGGAAAAUUUUCAAAUAAUUGUUUUUUUUUCAGAUGAUGAAGAAAUCGUGAGCGACUAUAUUAUUCCAAGUGAUGAUAUCAUUUCAUUGAGCUGGCUUCAAAUGAAUUUUGAUAUGAGAAUUGUAAGAUAACCCAAGUAUGGACAAAAAAAACAAUUAAUUGUUUUUUUUUUCAGAAUGAGAUUUGUAUGACUGCAAUUGGAACAACGAUUUUGGUUGUUUUGAAUGCGGCAAUUUUCAUCAUUUCAAUUGUUGCCAUUCUUCAUGUUUGUUGCAUCAGAAAACCUGAUAAAAUUCAAUCAACUCUCCUAUAAUAACUUAUAAUAAUUUACCACUUAAGUAUGUAUUAUCCUAAUUUUUUAAUUUAUUUUAAUUUACUUUAUUUCGCAAGUGCAAUAUCAUCUAAUAUGUGUUAAGUUUCCUUUUUUCAUUCACUUUUAUUUAAUGAAUUGGACAGUUUUUAUCCCAUUUUUAUAAUGAUUCAUUGAAAACCGGUUUUUUUCAACGAUUUUUUCUUAAAGUUGUUUACAUUUAAAAAGCUUUUCAUUUUUUUCGUAGGCAAUAUUGGAGCCUUACUGUACUUUUAUUAGUACAAAAAAUGCGAUUUUUUGGAGUUUGAAAUACAUUUUUCUUGGGAUUUUUGUAACGAUAAAUUUCAGAGAGGGGAAUUAGGAAGGGUAAUUUUUUUCUUGAAAUCAGAUCUCAAUUUGUUCUGAUCUCUAAACUACAAUCCUACAACACUCGGAAAUUCUAAAAAUGUCAAGGAAAUAUUGACAUAAAACUGGCUAUUCAUCAUUCUUCCGAUAGAAAAAAGAAAAAACUAAUGUGAAAUUUUUCAAACGCCCACAGUUCAUGUGACAAAAUUUAAUGAAAUUUUUACCAUUUGAAAAAAAUCAGCCCUUCAUUCUUUCUUCAACCUGAAAUUUAAUCACCCCUAUCAUAUCCUACAAAAAAGCAUCAUAAAUCAUUGGACCACAAAGCUACACAAUUUCAUCAUACAUAUAUAUUUUUCUUUUUAUUUCUGUUCAACAUUAUUCCUUCUAGUGUAUACAUUUUUCACAUGUCAUUCACAUGUUGUUCCCCGUGCAAUUCUCUUGCUAUUUGAACAUUUGGGAUAGACCCAUUUCUCUAACAGGCUCCUAAACUCCCCCGCUAUUUUUCGCAAUCUUUAACGCAAAACAAUACGUCGCGCGUUAUUGAGUUGCAAAAAAUUGAUUUUUCAAAUUUGUUUUACAUAUAUCACCUGAGUUUUCUGCUCAUUGUCUAGUCUACUGUACUUUCUAUUCUACUUUGCUGUAAAAAAAUAAGAUUGUCCUAUAAAUAAUAGCAACUGUUCAUUAUUUUUUGUCCAGUUUUUUUCUGAAAAUCUCCGUUUCACAUGUGGUACGAGAGGGUGGUGGUAUGAUUAAAACCAACAUAGUUUGUCAUCGAAAUAUUUAUCAGUCUACAUAGUUAUCGUCGUCGUUUCCUUGCCUUUUUUCCACUUUUGAAGAUUAUUUUUACCCCAUUCUUUUAGCUUUUUCAAGCUUGUCAUCCGCUUGGCGGAAUGGCUUCGACGUCAACGGCAGAAGCGUUCGAGACUUGUAAGAAAUGUUUGGCUGGAAGUGUGGCGGCAGCUAUCAGCAAAACAACGACGGCGCCGUUUGACAGAGUUAAACUUGUUCUUCAGGUGAGAGUUUGAGAGGGAAAGAUACUAUAUGUCCUCUAUAUAGGGGCUACUAUUCGGUUUCAAGUUUCAAACCUUUAGAAAUCAUUAUGUGGAACUGAUAGAAGAUCAAACAAUCAAAAAAAAAUUUCGGAGAUAUCAUAACUUUCUUACACAAAAAUCAUAUAACAUAGGACAGUAUCACAACAUCUUUGAUCUACCAAAUAAGUAAGGAAGAUCUAAUUGUAAGAGAUUUUUUAUUUAUACUGAAAUUUUUUGAUGUUCUGAAUUUCUAAACACAAAAAAUAAUUGUCCUUUCUAACAAUUUCAGGUUCUGAAAUUUAGAAACAUUCAGAAUUUCACAAAAAAACAGAAAUCAAAAGACCAAAAUGAGUUUUUGUUUUAUUGGUUGCAAAAAUCCUUAUCAAAAAUGUCAAGUCUGACGCAAUAAACCUAUGUUGAAAACAAAGUUUGGGUACAUUUUAGUGUUUUCCGGAUAUUCCUUUGAAGUUGCCUUGUAUCAAAAACCCCCAAUAAAAAUUUCCUUGAAAUUUUCAACCAUAUCAAAUCCAAAUUUUCCAGUUACAAAGACAUGGAGAAGUUGCGAUGGUUGAGUAUAAUGGUAUCAAAGAUUGUUUAACCAAAAUUCGAUUAGAACAGGUAUUUAUCAUUUCAAACUUGUCAAUCAAUCAAACAAAAUUUCAGGGUGCACUUGCACUUUGGAGAGGAAAUGGUGCUGGUGUCGCAAGAUGUCUACCAAAUCACACAUUAAAUUUCGCAUUCCGCGAUAUUUAUCGAAAUCGAAUUUUGAAAAAUGUGAAUCGCAAUCGAGAUUUCACCAAAUUCCUAGCUGGCACUUUUGUGUCUGGUGGCUUGGGUGGAGCAACAACAUUAUUUUUGUUAUAUCCAUUUGAUUUUGCUAGAACGAGAUUAGCUAUUGAUGCAAAAAAAGAUGGGUCAAAGAAAUAUGCAGGAAUGGUGGAUUGUUUGAAAAAGAUACGAGUUGCUGAAGGAUUUGGAGGAUGGUUCAAGUAAGUAAUUAUUUUAGGAAAAUCCUAAUCAAAAUUCCUAACCAUAUCUAAUUUCAGAGGCCUAUCUUCCGCUAUGCAAUUCGUGAUUGCAUCUCGUGCAAUAUUUUUCGGAAUAUUUGAUAGUAUACGAACAAGUGUGGAUGAUCCAAAAUCAUUGAAUUUCGCUGCUUGCUGGGCUAUCGCGCAGGUAGCAAUUGUUACAAGUGGAAUGAUGUGCUAUCCACUGGACACAGUUCGUCGAAGUAUGAUGAUGCAAUCGGGUAAAAAAGUCAAGAAAUAUACGAGUACAAAAGAUUGUUGGAAAAAGAUUUAUAAGUGAGUGAAAUUUUUAUAAUAGAAACUUUAAAAAUAUAUAUAAUUUUUUUAGACAAGACGGAGUAAAUGGUUUCUAUCGCGGUGCUUUGACCAAUUCAUUACGCUCAACUGGUGGUGCCUUAAUUAUCACAUUUUAUUAUGAGUUUUCAAAAUAUAUGUGA